CGGUGGAAGAAUCUUCUUCCAUGGUAUUUCAACGUUCUAGUUGCUUGCAUGGUGGUUUUUGUUUGGGGUCACUGGAAGAGUUGUAAGCAGAUUUAUUUCAUUUCAGAGCUUCCUCAGCUACCUUCUACUUCACCUUGUUAGUUGAAAACGUGUAUCAUUUUAUAUUAUUGAAAUGGCUGUUCCAAAAGUAAAUGAAAAGUUGCUUGAAGACCUUGAAGAAAUGGGAUUUCCACAGGCACGGGCAAUCAGAGCACUAUAUUAUUCUGGCAAUACCAGCUUAGAGGAUGCUAUAAAUUGGAUGAUUGAUCAUUGGAAUGACAAUGAUAUUGAUGAGAUGCCACUGGUAGAUGUAGACAUUGAUAUUGAGACGUCCUCCGAAGCAUUUCCUAUCACAGAUGAAAUGAGAAUCAAAGCACAGAAAUUAAGAGAACAAGAGCGUAAGAGGAGACAGGAAGAAGAAAAAAGACAGGAGAGAGAAAGGGAGAAGGAGAGGAUUCAAGCUGGUAAGAAACUCCUUGAGGCAAAGCGAAUUGCCGAAGAAAAUGAAAGAAAUCGGAAUUUAGCCUUGAGAAAAGCAGAGAAAGAAGAAGAGAAAAGAGCUAGAGAGAAAGUCCUCCAAAAACUUGAGCAAGAUAAGUUAAAUAGAAGGCAUAAACAAGGAUUGCCUUUGGAAGGCCUGGCUACUGUGAGAUCAUCUGCUAUUGGAACACAAGAAAAGAAGCCAAAGCCUGCUUAUACCACUGCGCAAGUUGAGCACUUGAGAGAAUGUCUAAGGAAUCUCAAGCGUAACCACCCGAGUGAACAUGCCAGAGUCAGAAGGGCCUUUGAAACACUUCUAGUGUAUGUUGGAAAUGUUGCCAAAAAUCCCCAGGAGGAGAAGUAUCGAAAGAUCCGAUUGAGCAACCCAUUAUUUCAGGAUAGAGUUGGAAGUUUAAAUGGAGGUGUAGAGUUUCUUGAGCUCUGUGGUUUUGAGAGAAUGGGUGACUUCUUGUGUCUUCCUCAUGAAAAAGUUGACACGUCACUGCUAAAUUCAGCUGGUUUUCUCUUACAUUCUGCGAUGGCAAAUCCUUUCUUUGGCGUUUUAAGUAUUCCUAAUUAA